AUGAAAUGUCAUGAAUUCUCUGUAAACCUCAUUGUAUAUGUGAUCGUGUACAGAUCAGUGGACAAUAUCGGUGUUGUGACUUGUGCAGGUGAUGUGAAUAACAUCAGUGUUGGAUCCGGGACGAAUAUCCAGGACAAUUCUCUUGUACAUGUUGCAAAAACCAACCUAAGUGGGAAGGUUCUACCCACUAUAAUUGGGGACAAUGUUACAGUAGGUCAUAGUGCUGUCAUACAUGGUUGUACUGUUGAAGACGAGUCCUUUGUUGGUAUGGGAGCUACACUACUCGAUGGUGUGGUGGUUGAGAAGCAUGCCAUGGUUGCUGCUGGUUCCCUUGUGAAACAGAACACGCGAAUUCCUUCUGGAGAGGUGUGGGGAGGAAACCCAGCAAAGUUCAUGAGAAAGCUAACAGAAGAAGAGAUGGCAUAUAUUUCAAACUCAGCAGAUAACUACAUCAAUCUCGCGCAUAUUCACGCCGUAGAGAAUUCAAAGUCGUUCGAUGAGAUCGAGGUUGAGAGAGCGCUUAGGAAGAAGUAUGCACGCAAGGAUGAGGAUUACGACUCAAUGCUUGGCAUUGUCCGUGAAACUCCGGCCGAGUUGAUUCUUCCCGACAAUGUCUUACCGGAAAAAAGUACCGUCAGGGUUCCGACUACUCAUUACUGA